CAGGGAGGCAGUGAGUAAAGGGGUCCCUGUCCUGAAGGAGGGGCCAUGGCCUUCAUGUUGCUCACCCGGCGGCUAGCCUGCAGCCUCCAGCACUCCUUCCGCCUCCUUGUGCCAGGAUCCAGACACAUCAGUCAAACCGCAGCCAAAGUUGACGUUGAGUUUGAUUAUGACGGACCUCUGAUGAAGACAGAAGUCCCAGGGCCCAGAUCUCUGGAGUUGAUGAAACAGCUGAAUAUAAUUCAGAAUGCAGAAGCCGUGCAUUUCUUCUGCAACUAUGAAGACAGCCGGGGCAACUACCUGGUGGACGUGGAUGGCAACCGCAUGUUAGACCUUUACUCCCAGAUCUCUUCUGUCCCCAUAGGCUACAACCACCCUGCCCUGGUGAAGCUGAUCCAACAGCCUCAAAAUGUGAGCACUUUCAUCAACAGACCAGCCCUUGGCAUCCUGCCUCCAGAGAACUUCGUGGACAAGCUCCGAGACUCCUUGCUGUCGGUGGCUCCCAAGGGGAUGUCCCAGCUCAUCACCAUGGCCUGUGGCUCCUGCUCCAACGAAAACGCAUUCAAGACUAUCUUCAUGUGGUACCGGAGCAAGGAAAGAGGACAGAGGGGAUUCUCCAAAGAGGAGCUGGACACUUGCAUGAUUAACCAGGCUCCCGGGUGCCCUGACUACAGCAUCCUGUCCUUCAUGGGUGCUUUCCACGGGAGGACCAUGGGUUGCUUAGCAACCACCCACUCUAAAGCCAUCCACAAGCUCGACAUCCCUUCCUUCGACUGGCCCAUCGCGCCGUUCCCACGGCUAAAAUACCCACUGGAGGAGUUUGUGAAGGACAACCAGCAAGAGGAGGCCCGCUGCCUGGAGGAGGUGGAAGAUCUGAUUGUGAAAUACCGGAAAAAGAAGAAGACAGUGGCUGGGGUCAUUGUGGAGCCCAUCCAGUCAGAGGGCGGAGACAACCACGCAUCAGAUGACUUCUUCCGGAAGCUGAGAGACAUUGCCAGGAAGCAUGGCUGUGCCUUCUUAGUGGAUGAGGUCCAGACAGGAGGGGGCUGCACAGGAAAGUUCUGGGCCCACGAGCACUGGGGCUUGGAUGACCCAGCAGAUGUGAUGACCUUCAGCAAGAAGAUGAUGACAGGGGGCUUCUUCCACAAGGAGGAGUUCCGGCCCAGCGCUCCUUACCGGAUCUUCAACACCUGGCUGGGGGACCCAUCUAAGAACUUGCUGCUCGCCGAGGUCAUCAACGUCAUCAAACGUGAGGACCUGCUGAACAACGCAGCCCAUGCAGGCAAAGCCCUGCUCACCGGGCUACUGGACCUCCAGGCCCGGUACCCCCAGUUCAUCAGCAGAGUGAGAGGACGAGGCACCUUUUGUUCCUUCGACACUCCAGAUGAAUCCAUACGGAAUAAACUCAUUUUAAUAGCCAGAAACAAAGGUGUGGUGUUGGGGGGCUGCGGGGACAAAUCCAUCCGUUUCCGUCCCACACUGGUCUUCAGGGAUCACCACGCUCACCUGUUCCUCAAUAUUUUCAGCGACAUCUUAGCAGACUUCAAGUAAAGAAGCCAUUUCCACUCUGAGAAAGCCCCGAUCUCAAACUGUUGUCAAAUUGAUUAGUUUGCCUAAUUCAUGUUUUCACUUAAAAGUACCAGAGG